GUCUCUCCAUCUCUAGUAGGAAUAAAAAGGCAGCGAAUUUGUGCAAUUUAAUUAUUAAUUUUAAACAUCUCUACACCUUUUGUAGAUUUCAACUUUUUAUACGCGUUUUUAUACGAAUCGACUAGUGUUUUGCAGCCGAUAGCCCAGUGCGCGCAUAUUAAUAAUCAACAUUACGUAUCGCGGUAGGGGCCAAGAGCAAAAGCAAUCAAAAAGCAGAGCAAAGAAAGUUCUAAAAAUAUUUUGAUCGUCGUCGUCGUGAAAGUCGCAUAUUUAAUUUCGCGCAACAAAUAAAGCUUUAAAUUAAAAAAGAUCCAACAAUAAUAAAUUGCAAAAAUGGUAUUGAAAGUGUACGUCAGCGGCAUGUCCGGCAACAAGGAGGUGAAGAAACGCCAACAGCGCGUGCUCAUGAUCCUGGACAGCAAGUGCAUUCAAUAUGACACCGUUGACAUCACAGAGCCAGGAAAGGAGAGCGAAAAGGAGCUGAUGCAAAAUAAAUCCACAAGCAAUGGCGGCACCGUCAGCGAUCCAGAGCCCCGGCACCCAUUGCCACCGCAGAUCUUCAACGAUGAGGAAUACUGUGGUGACUACGAUGCCUUCGAUAUGGCCAACGAGAUUGACACGCUGGAGGUGUUCCUCAAGUUGGCGCCAGCCGACACAACGGCCGUGAGCAGCGCUCAAAUCGAACUGAAGCAGGAGAAUGGCGAUGCUAAGGAGGGCGAGAAGGAAAAGGAGGAAGAGAAAGAGGCUGGUGGUGAUGGCGAAGAGAAGGCUCCAGCGGAAGGCGAGGCGGAGGUGGAGAAGGCAGAGGGCGAAGACGAAGCUAGCGAAGAUAAGGAGAAAACCGAGAGUGCUGAAGGUGAAGACGCGGAGAAAAAAGAAGAGGGUAGUAAAGAAAAGACUGAAACGGAAGCCACCGAAGAAGGUAAAGAAGAAUCCGAGUCCAAAGAGGAGAGUGCCGAGUCUACAGACAAAGCAGAUGAUGAAAAGAAGGCCGAAAAGGAAGGCGAUGACGCGGAUGCUGAAGAAGGUAAAACAGAAGAGGCUAGCGUAGAUGAAGAUGGUAAGAAAACUGAAGAUGAUUUAGAGGAGAAGCCAAAGGACGCCGAAGAAAAGUCAGAGGAUUCCGAAGAAAAGGUGAAAGAAUCGACAGAUGAAGAAAAGAUCGAAGAAAAUGAGAAAACUGAUGAAAAAUCAGACGAAAAGGAAGAAUCUGAAGAAGAAGAAGAAUCCGGUGAAGAAGAAGAGGCCGACGCAGAAAAGAAAGAAGAGUCUGCGGAAAAAGCGGAGGAACAAGAAGCAGAUGAGGAAGAGAAAACUGUAGAAGCAUCAGAAGAUGCCGCAGAAGAAACGAAAGAUGAAGAGAAAACGGAGGUAGAAUCAACCGAAGAAAGCAAGAAUGAGGAGACCACAGCAACAGAAGAAGUCGACGAGUCAAAGAGUGAUGAAGAGAAGAAUGAGGAAGAAACAAAAGAAACGGAAGAGAAGAAAGAAACAGAAACUGAGGAAGGAAAGGAAGAAGAAACAAAGGAAGUCGACGAAGAGAAAGAAGAAUCAAAAGAAACUGUAGAGGAGAAGCAAGACGAGGAAGUCAAGACAGAUGCUGAAGAAGAGAAGAAAGAAGAAGAAACCCAGGAAACGAAUGAAGAGAAGAACGACGAUGAAAAGGUCGAUGAAACAGCUCCAAAGGAAGAAGCUGGUAAAACGGAAGCGAAAGAAGACGCAGCGGAAUCUUCUGCUGAGGAAGAAGAAAGUGAAGAAGAAUAAAACACAAACUGCCAACAAACCCAACGAACAAACGACGAAACCCUGAACCCCGAACUAUCCACACCCCCCUCAUAAACUGAACCGCACCUGUAGUUGCAUCAUCCUCAAACACAUACACAUUGAAGCAAACUCGCACACACACAAACUACUAGCACAUAAUGAACAAGAAUUGUAAAUAAAAUGCAAAAAGAAAAGAAUUUACUAAUCAUAAUACAGCUGGUGGAGGCAGUUAGCAACAGAAGAAUUGACAGCUGUUCUUCCAGCGUCUGCGAAGAAUUCUUCCUCGGACUCGGCAUCGGCCCAACUCUUGGACACGGAACGCGCAGCGACCUCACAGUAGACUUAUGGCACUUAAACAAUUUAAUGAUAUUAUUAUAAU